AUUGCAAAGCAAAAUCCUUCCAGGUUACAGCCACUGAUCUCUCUUGAACAGAAUUUAUUUCUUGUUUCCUCUUGAUAUUAUUCUAAAUGCCAAUCUACUGAAAACCCAUUAUAUAAAUCAAAUCAAACCUCUCUCAGAGAGCAUUCUGGGAUUGAUCUUAUUUCAUGACAAGUUUUUAUUAGUUUCCUCCUCCAUUUCACUCUGCAUCUCUCUGUCUGGCUUUCCUUCUCUCUCUCUCUAGGUUUCCAUCUCUUUCUGUACUUGGUAUCCUGCUUCCAAUCUUUGCUUCUAGUCCUUUUCUCCAUCGGACCCGUCAUGUGGCUUGUUAACUGCUCCAACUGCCAGACGCCACUGAGACUUCCUCCCUGCGCUACAUCAAUUAGGUGCUCCAUAUGCCGAGCCAUCACCUACGUCGCCGAUCCCUGCAGAGCUCCUCCUGCUCGUACUUACUCCUGUAAUAAGUAUUCAGCUGCUCCUUACCAACCUCCACGACCACCGGCGGCCGCACCGUUGCCCUACAAUCACGCGCCACUGAGUCCCCCUCCAUCUCCCUACGGCCGCAAGAGGGCGGUCAUAUGCGGCAUAUCGUAUCGGAACGCGCCCUACGAGCUCAAGGGCUGCAUCAAUGACGCCAAGUGCAUGCGUUACCUCCUCAUCAAUCGUUUCAAGUUCCCGGAAUCCUCCAUCCUCAUGCUUACUGAAGAAGAAAAUGAUGCAUACAGAAUUCCAACUAAACAGAACAUAAGGAUGGCAUUGCAUUGGCUUGUACAGGGUUGUCAAUCAGGAGACUCUUUGGUGUUUCACUAUUCUGGUCACGGUUCACAGCAAAUGGAUAAUGAUCGGGAUGAGAUUGAUGGAUAUGAUGAAACCCUCUGUCCCCUGGACUUUAAAACUCAGGGGAUGAUUGUUGAUGAUGAGAUAAAUGCAACAAUCGUCAGACCUCUGCCUCAUGGGGCUAAGCUGCAUGCAAUAAUAGAUGCUUGCAAUAGUGGAACUGUACUAGAUUUACCAUUUCUUUGCAGAAUGCAUAGGGAUGGGAAUUGUGUAUGGGAGGAUCAUCGCCCCCGAACAGGAGUAUGGAAAGGAACAAGUGGUGGGGAGGCCAUUUGCUUCAGUGGGUGUGAUGAUGAUCAAAAAUCUGUUGAUAUGUUGGAUUUGUCUCAAAAAACUGCAUCAGGUGCCAUGACUUACUGUUUCAUUCAAGCCAUUGAGUGUGGAAAAGGGGUUACAUAUGGGGGCAUGUUAAAUUCAUUGCGGAAUGCCAUUUGUGAUAUUAUAAGUAAUGGUUCUUCUGGAGGUUCUGCUGAAGGUCCAGUGACAUCUCUCCAAACAAUGCUUUUGACAGGAGGUAGCGUCAGCCGCAGGUCAAGACAGGAGCCACAGUUAACAUCCAACAAUAUAUUUGAUGUUUCUAAAAGGCGCUUCUUCCUAUGACUUGUAUUCUAUAUCUACCUCAUGACUUAAAAAGUUGCAGCAUGGCUUCAGAUUAUGGUGGCGAAUGACAAGGUGCUUUGACUUCUUUGUGGUACUCAGUAUGUGUAUUGAAAACUUCCUUACCUUUUAUCCAAUGUAACCAACUCCUCUGUUUUCAACAUAGACUGUCUUUGUUUCAAUGUUGACAGGACAAAAAAACAAAAACACAGUUCACUCUAAAUGUUCAUUAAUAUUUCCACCCUUUAUAGUUUAUAUAGUAUAAAGGUUGUUCUCAAUCU